GCUAAGCCGGGCUGGAGCGGAGUGUCUCGGAGGCUGCGCUCCUUGCAGAGCCCACGGACUUAGAGCUCCCUCCGUCGCCUUCCUGUGCCAACCACCGCCAUCCCCCCCACCAAAAAAAAAAAAAGUUGGGAUGCUUUUCUUUACCCAGUGCUUUGGGGCUGUGUUAGAUCUCAUUCACCUCCGCUUUCAGCACUACAAGGCUAAACGGGUUUUCUCCGCCUCCGGGCAACUUGUCUGCGUCGUCAACCCCACACACAACCUAAAGUAUGUCUCCAGCAGACGAGCCGUCACUCAGAGCGCACCUGAGCAAGGCGGCUUCCCCCCUCACCACCUUGCCCACCACCAUCACCACCGCCACCACCGCCGUCACCACCACCAUGCCCGGCCCCACCACCUCCACCACCAGGAAGCAGGGCUGCAUGCCCCCGAGGUGACACCCUGCCUGUGCCCCCUGUUCUCCUGCCAGUGGGAGGGCCACCUGGAGGUGGUGGUGCCCCACCUGCAGCAGAUGCACAGGGUCGACAUUCUGCAGGGAGCUGAGAUCGUCUUCCUGGCCACAGACAUGCACCUGCCCGCGCCGGCUGACUGGAUCAUCCUGCACUCCUGCCUCGGCCACCACUUCCUGCUGGUGCUCAGGAAGCAGGAGCGGCACGAAGGGCACCCGCAGUUCUUUGCCACCAUGAUGCUGAUCGGGACCCCCACGCAGGCCGACUGCUUCACCUACCGCCUGGAGCUCAACAGGAACCAUCGGCGCCUCAAAUGGGAGGCCACCCCCCGCUCGGUUCUCGAGUGCGUGGACUCGGUCAUCACAGACGGGGACUGCCUGGUGCUUAACACGUCGCUGGCCCAGCUCUUCUCUGACAACGGCAGCCUGGCCAUAGGCAUCGCCAUCACGGCCACAGAGGUCUGCGCCGCCGAGUCCGAGCUGUGAGCAUCAGGCCAUCCUGGAACACCCCCAGAAGCCCUUGACCUCCACCCCCCAAACACACACACACACACACACACACACACACACACACACACAAACACACACACACCCCACGGGGAUCACUUGGCUCUUUGAAUUCCAGGACGCCAGACUUUCCUUUUUUAUUCUUCUCUGUUUUUUCUCUCUUUUCUUCCUUCCCUGUUUUUGUCUCAGGUACUUUGUGGUAUUUCGUGUUUGUCUGUGGGGUCAGGGGUGGGGGGACGGGAGGUGUGUUAAACAUCCAGUGAUUCAAUGCAAGCUUUUGGUGUGAUGCGUAUUCCCAUUUGUCAGUAGGGUUUUGUAGAACAUGUUCAUCGGCUUCCAUCAGAAUGCUUCUUGGGGCUGGAGAGAUGGUGCAGUAGGGAAGGUACAUGCCUUGCACGUGACUGACCCAGGUUUGAUCCUUGGCACCUCAGAUGGCCCCUGAUCCUGCACCCCAGAAGAGAGUCCUGAGGUCAGACCCAAGGGUAAGCCCUGAGCACCCCUGGGUGUGACAGAGGGGGGAAAAAAAAAAGGAGACUCAGAUUUGUUCCUUUUCUACCCCUAAUGCCCUUCGCUGAUGUCUCCCAGGUGAAGCCCUGGCAUGGACCAUUGGGGGAGGGGCACAGGCACAGAGUCUGAGUUCAUUCUUUUUUGCCUCUGGGGUCCGUUUCUGAGUUACUCGGCAAAGUGUGAGACCCCAGGAAGGAGACCCAGCCAGCUCAGAGAGCCAUUCAGAGCAACUGGAUCCAAACCAACACCUUCCCAGCAGCCUUGGGCGGAGAGUGGAGAGACGCCUCCGGGAUGGACGGGCCCUGGGCUGGGGAGGCCCUGGCAUCGGGAGACACCCUCCAGGUCUGAAUCAGGACUCGGGGGACGGAGUGAACUAUGAUGAACCCUCUUUCCAGCCUGCCAAGGAUUUGCUCUCAGCUGGCAACAUCCGGUCCUGCUCUGAAAUCCAAGUCUCUGGUGCUUUCUUGAACCUCUCUGCCCUCUGUUGACUAUGCAGCUGAAAAAUGUGAACAAGCUCUGGGGCAGGGAAGAGAGGGUCAAUGGCCUUCCACCUCUGGAAAGGCCUCCUCUCCUGAGGCAGUUUUAUCAUCCCCAAUUACAGACUUUCUCUUUCUCUCACCUGGGGCAGAGCAGUGUGGCAUCAUGCAAAGCCUCCACUGGGUGCUAGAUCCCUCACAAACCGGAACCACAGCUGGGCUGCUGGAAGUUGACUGGCUCUUUGGAGCCUUCCCCUAGUUUCUGAAAUGUCCCCAGGACCCCCUUGUACACACUCAUACACACCCCAUACACAUACACACACACACAUGCACACAGAUGCUCAUGGACAUGGCACAGCAUGGCUGUGUGGAGAGAAGACAUGGGAAUCCUGGUUUUUUCCUGGAAGAUGAUGAGAAUCCUGAUUUCCCCCUGCCGGGUGGCAGCUUCCUCUCCUGAGCCCUGCCAGGUUGCGUGUUUUGUUGAGAGAACACACCUAUUUGUCAGCUUCGUCUGCUCAGGUCACAGUUAAGGCCCUACGGUCCUGUGCAGGAGGACCUCGUUCCCACCCCUGUAGUCCUGUGAGAGGCAGGGAGUACCUCACAUUCUCGUGGAGGGGGGGCACAGCACCGUCAUCCCCCUGGACAGGAGCCUCCUUUCAGAGCCACCACCACCCACCCACAAAGAAUAGGACAAUGGUGCUCUCCAGGCCAUUUCCUCACCUCAGCCCUCUCGGGGGCAGCCUGGCAGGCCUCCCGGGGAGCACUUAGACCCCGGACAGAGUGCCCCCACUAGCCGUCAGCUUUCUUUUCUCCUCUGAAAGUAAUGGAUUUAAAACACGGCUCCUUUGCUCACUGCUGGGUAAUCUGCAUCAGCCUAUACUACCCACCUGUGCCCCCCCUCCCAAUCAGUGGAUUGCAUAAAGCCCCCUCCCUCUCCACACUCAGAAUUGCCAGGCCCUCUUCUUGACUGUCUUCAGGGAGUGCCCUCUGGGGCCAGGGAACAAGAGCCCCAAGAAACAAGGAAAGGGCACACUUGCUUGUUGCAUCAGGACAUUCUCCCAGGGCGCCAGGAAGCCCCUGGGAUGCCCCACCGGGAUGAGCAGGCAGAGAGAGAGUCGGGGCCGACACUGAGGGAACACGGGAUCCCAGGCCCAUUCCCAGCUCCUCAGACCCGAGACCUCGAAGUCUGAGGCCUCUCAAAGGUAAACAAACAACACUUCAGUGAAGAAUAUAGUUACCAUUCCCGGGAGCCUUGCGCGCCUGCCAACUUCACCUCUGCCUUUCUGCCGUGCCUGGAGUCCUGAGCUGCUUUGGGAGGACCCAGCUCUAGUGACUAGAUACAGACUCUCAGAUGAGCUAGGAAUUUUGUAUCCAAACCACUGUUUGCAGUGCCUGCAACCCUCUAGAAUAAAUGGUAGCAGGGCUAGAAAGACAGUAGAGCAGCUGAGGAGUUUGUCUGGCAUAUGGCUAACCUGGGUUUGAUCCCUGGCACCAUAUGGUUCCCCCCAGGCAUGAUCCCUGAGAAUAGAACCAGGAGUAAGCCCUGAGCACAGCCGGUGUGGCCCAAAUACCACCAUCCCUUAGAAGAGGCUAAAAAAAUAUUGCAUUUUCCCCUCUGGUGCUCCCAAGGGAAGCUUCUGCUUUAAAGCCACAUGCUAUAGAAAAAUUGGAGGAAAAAGGAACAAAGGAAACACAGUGAACAGGGAAGAGGAAAACAGCAGCCCCCAACGGUGCUGGGCGAAGUGCUCCAGGCUUCCUAGCUGCAGCCUUGGCCACUCAGUGCAGGUGGACAGAGGCUCAGAGGCAUGAGCUCAGCUCCCCAGGUCACCCAUCCAGUGGCCGGCAGUGAGACCAGAGCCUGUCCCGCAGGCAGCAGAUGGGAAACGACCAGAAUCUGGUGUGUCCACACCUCCUCUGGGAAGCACAAGCUGAGAGUGUGCGGGGCCUGAUCCAGGAUGAGAGGCUGAGGCAUCCAGCGCAGGGAGGGACCGUGGGGAACUGGCUUCUACAGUGGACCCAGCCUGAGACAGGAGCCAGAGGAAAGAGAAGGACCCUGCUCUCCCCACCCCCACCCAGGGUUCCUCAUUCUUAGAUUCUUAAAAGUUUGUCCUAGGCUGAGUCCUCGCGUCUGGAGCUUCACCCACGGAGUAACUAAAUGACUCACCCUCUAAGGAGAAUUUUCACUGAGAUAUGGGUCUUGGGAAACGACAGCACUUAACAGCAAGAAAUGAGUGUGUUACUUGUAUUUUGGGAGUGAGGUUUUUGGGUGUUUUGGAGUGGGGAGAGAAGGGGUCACACAGGAAGUGCUCGGGAGCUAUUCCUAGCUCUGGGCUGGGGGUCACUCCCUCCUGGCAGUGUAAGGGACCAGGCAGUGCUAGAGAUUAAAUUAGGAUCAGCCAGAGGCAAAACAAGCGCCUUAACCCUUCCAACCCUUAUUACUACUUUUUCAGUUCAGGCCUGGUGAAAACAGUAUUCUUUUUUUUUUUUUUUCAGGAGGUGUGAGGGACAAGGCCAUUUCUACACUCCACCUCCCCUCCAGCCUGAGGUCACAUAAAUAAUCAAGGCUGAAAUGGCAGUCAGAUAGGCCGUACAAAGAGAUGGUCUUGACCAUCAAGGCUCUGCAUGAGCUCAUUUCUGGAGCCAUCCUAGCCCUCCCUGUGGCUAUUCGUGGCCGUUUAGAAAUGAAUCGUGCCAAGUAUAACACAGAACUCAUAGCUUUCAUUAUGAGAGUUUACUAUGGACCCAGUGGUCGAAGUACUUCAACCUAUUGUCUCAUUCAACUCUCACCACAACCUUAUGAAGCAGAAACUAUUAUUGGAGUCCUUGGAAACGUAAGCUAAGCGAGGUGGGCAGUUAUUCAAGGUCACACAGUCAGCAAAUGCAGAGUGGGCCUGAAACCUAGUGUGGCUUCCUCCAAAGACCUGCUCGGGACUAAAAUUACCUCUGUCAUUUCUCUGAAUGCAUGGCAUUCGAGGCACCAAGGACAGAGUGAUAAAGCCACAUAGCACAGAGGCUAUUGGUUCUUGAGUUUAAAUGCGUCCUUUCAUUUCUGCUUUUUCUCCUUCAUCCCCGCUCAGCCCAGAUUGCUGUCCCUGAGCUGGCUGGUAGACCUCCGUGGCUGAUUUGUAAGCACUGCCACAAAAACUCCAAAAUUACAUAAAUUAUCAAAUGAAUUCUAUUCAAAACGAAGGUAAGAAAUACACAAAACUCCAUCUUUUCUAAUCAUUUCAUUAGAUUUUACGGAUGAUUUUAAGGUGAUUUAUGUCCAUCAUAUCCGCAAGAUGGACAUACUUUAACAUAACUCACCAUUGCGCUUUUUCCAAAUUCGCAUUUAGUGGCAUGAGAGUAGUAGUCUGAAACGGACCGCUAUUGGUGGUGGUCUUCACACCACUGAAAUUAGCAAAUGCUAUAAACCAGGGAUUCUCUGCCGUCCCCCACCUCAGGCAACUAACUAGUUGUUACACAUUUACCAGUCUGUCAUUACCUAGUUCCUUCUGAUGCACAAAGCCAUGUUGGAAGAGAAGACUUUGGAAGGAGAAGAAAAUCCUGGCCACAUAUAUACCCGGGUGUGGAUAACAGCUGUGUCCACCAAACAGCCAGUGAUUACAAACAGCAAACAGCUGUGGAUAAAAGACUCCGAGGCUUCUAAGCAGCUUCAAGAGCAUCUGUUACCCUUCUCUAAAACCUUCUCUAUUUCGCUCUUGAAACGGAGUUCAUUCCAUCAGGUACUCCCAUGGAGCUCCACUGAACCAGCCCACUGGCAAUCCCAAUUCUGAAGUGGAGCUAACGUCCCCAUACCUGGACUCUAGUGGGAUUUGUUCUUAUGGGUCAUCUUUCUUUUUUCUGCUAGAGACCCAAACUUAAUCUAAAGAAAUAUUUGACCUUGAAAUGAAAAAUUGCUCAUAGGCUACAUGUGAGAAGGGCAAAGCAAGCUCUAGUUUCAAACAUUACACACAAUGUGGCUGCAGCGAUGGGACUCAGGCUGGGGAGGCAGCUACAAGGCUGCAGGAUGUCCUGGGUAUGCAAGGGGUCCUGGCAUAUAGUUCAGUCCCCACUAUAUGGCCUCCCUAGCUCUAUCAGAUAGCUCUAGUGAGCCUAGCACCACUGGGAGGUUCUCCUAAACAAACAGAAUAGCUUUUAUGUUGCUCAAAACUAAGCUAAGCCCAGAGCUUUCCUCUCCUACUUCUGUCUGCAUCACUGCCUUCAUCACCAACACAGGUGCAUUCUCAGUGAAGAGCCCACAUGACCAAAUUUCUUUCUAAGUGGAGGUUCCCACUUGGAAGUCAUGACACACAGGAGGGUGACUUGAAGCAGGUGGCAUCUCUAAGUCAGUGGUGGGUCCGUGGUUUUGGAGUAAGAACAGCAGGUAGGGGCCGGCCAGCAGCUUCCAAUGGACUCACUGUUUGGUGGAACGGGGAGGGAUCAUGAUUGCACAUCAGAGAAUGGCGCUGUGAGUCAAGCUCAAUUCCCAGAAGCAUCAAGAGCACCAUCUCCUUUCGGCUAGAAAGAGCGUCAGAUUAUCUGUUCUGAAGACUUCCUGCAAGAAGAGUUCAAGUGCUCCACUGUGUUGCCCCAGGACCCACCAGCCCCGAAAAGGUUCACCAAGGACCGAGCCAAGAGCUGUGUCAUAGAUAAGCAUCUGGUUUAGAGUUUGUCUUUUCCAAUUGUAUGUGCAAAUAUGUUACCCUGGGUACUCUACUAGAAACAAUCCCCUGCCCUUUUUAAACCUUUUUUUAGGAUAUUGUGCUGAGAAAGGAAAAUUGAGAAUCAUUUGACUUCACCUCCAUUGAUGUAAAUAUACUUUUCUAGGCUUUCUUACAAUGCUAAGGACGAGAAGCAAACUUAGGCUACUCCUUCUCUUUACCCUGUCUCCCAUGGAAAAAAAUGUCAUUAAAUUGCAUUUGAUACUGUUAAC